AGUAACCGGCGUACUCUAGAAGACUGAGCGGCUUGUGGAAGGUGGAGGACGGCAGGCCAUGAACCUGGGAGAUGGUUUAAAGCUUGAAACUGAGCUACUGGAUGGAAAAACCAAGCUAAUAUUGUCUCCAUUUGAACGUAAAUCAAAAAUUUCUCAGAAGAUGGGAAGUAAGACCAAGAUUGUAAAAUGUGCUUUAAGAACAAAACAAAGUGGACACUUUAUAAAAUCAACACAAAAUUCUUACAUCAGGAGUGGAAAACUUGCACAAAAUAAGACAAUUGACCCAGAAACAUCACAGGCAAAAGGUGAAAAACAUAGACUGACUUUUUCACCUGCUAAGGAUUUAUGUAAGCUGUAUUUAGAUAAAGACUAUCUUCAUAUCCAGGAUAAGAUUUCACCUGCCACCCUUAACAUACAAAGGACUAGAAAUACUGCAAAUACAUCUCUAGUGGCUAAACCGCAGUCUUGCAAGAAGCCCAUGACAGCUGAAAAUAUGAAGGGUGGCUUGGUGUGUCUGACACAAGACCAGCUGCAACAGAUUUUGAUGUCGGUUACCCAAGGAAACCGGCCUGUUUCCCAGCCUGGGGAUGUGAGAGAGGAGGAAACAGAUCAAUAUAGUCUUAACAUAAGCAAUAUUCCUAAUGAGGCAAAGGACGAAAACACUGUAGGAUUACUCCAAAAGGUUGAGGGGGUGUCAGCCAUUCUGCACGGGAAUGGAAACCAGGAGGCCUGCAAGCAGUCUGAGCAGAAACUUGACGUAGAGAAUGAAUGGAAACCAGCUGGCAUAUUCAGUACUCUGGGGGAAAGGGAACGUGAUAGAAGUUUGUUGGAGGCAAAAAAAGCCCAAUGGAGGAAAGAACUGGAUGAACAGGUUGCUUUAAAGAAGAAAGAAAAAGAAGCUUCUGAAAAAUGGAAUAAUCAGUGGAAAAAAUCUGAUAGUAAUGAAGCACUGUGGGAAAAAUGUCAAGAUUUUGACAAAUCUAGGGUGUCUGCGGACUCUUCCAAUAUUCUGUCACCAUCUCCUAAUCAGGUGACAGUGGUCCAAGCUGACACGCACUCGCUGCUUAGAGAUGGUCAGAAUGUAGAGGAAGCAGCACUGCCCAAACACCCUUUCUGUGCUAUGCAACAACAGCAGAAAAAAUGGCUUGAGGAAUUGAAUAAGCAAAUAGAAGGUGAUCAGCAAAGAAAAAUAGAGGAAAAGAUGAUAUCCUCAAAGGGUGAGGAGCAUGACAGAUGGGCAAUGCAUUUUGAUUCGUUAAAGAGUUACCCUGGUUCUCAGUCUCGCCUGUCCUCUCGGUCAACACACAGACCACCUGAGUACUUGAGCGUCUCGCCUGGCACUCCGGAGCUGGCCGAUGUCAACAGUGUGUGUACCCCUGUGACGGGGAGUCAGGCUGACCCUUCCAAGGAGGCACAUGUAGAAAAGCCUCAUAGGGAUGUGGCUAUGAGAAACACACAAAAAACAAACUUUCUCCGUUCUAUGACUGCGCUCCUGGACCCAGCUGAGAUUGAGGAACGAGACCGGCGACGACAGAAGCAGUUAGAACAUCAGAAAGCCAUCACUGCUCAAGUAGAAGAAAGGCGUCGGAAAAAGCAGCUCGAAGAAGAGCAGAGAAAGAAGGAAGAACUGCUAGAGGAGCUUCGCCUAGCACGGGAGCGGGAAGAGAUGCAGAAACAGUAUGAAGAAGAUGUACUGAGACAGAAACAAAAGGAAGAAAUAAUGACUCUCAAGACAAAUGCAUUAUUCCAGACAAUGCAGAGAGCACAGGAGCUGGCACAGAGACUGAAGCAAGAACAGAAAAUCCGGGAAUUGGCUCAAAAAGGACAUGACACAUCUAGAUUGACUAAAAAUCUUGGUGUUGAUACAAAACAGUUGGAAUGUAAUACGGCCACUAGCAGCAUUUCAAAUUUAAGACAUAACCUGGAUGGAGUCGGUGCAACAGCGAACACUGGCGUCAGUCCUGCCACUUCUCCCAAGAAGGAUACUGCAGUGCAGACGGAGGACUUAACUACAAGAAUAUUCACCAAAGCAGAAUCAUAUUGCGAAUCGGUAACAGAGAGGGAAGUUAGUAUUUGUUUAUCGCCCGAAAUUUCUACAGGAUUUAACGGACAGUUGAAGAAAAACAAGCAAGAAUUAAGUCAGCAUAAAGGACCUAAUUUAGAAAAAGAAAACAGUUGGCAUAAGGACGAGUGUAAUCAGUUGACAAGAACAGAGAAGCUAAAAUACACGAACAAAUGCGCCAAGAGGCCUGAAUGGAAUAUUAAUAAACCACUCAGAAGAUAUAUUCCAGCAUCAGAAAAGUACCCCAAACAGCUUCAAAAGCAGAGAGAAGAAAAAAAAGUAAGACGACAGAUGGAACUACUUCAUUUGGUAGAAAGAAAUAAUCCUGGACACCUCUCUCAAAGUCAGGGCGGCUCCCCAGCUCAUGAACUUCAUCGAGAGAGACAGCCGAGGAGCAGGCGGCAUCUAGGCAGAAAGGAAGCAGAGCCUCUGAAUAUGGAUGCGUUCAUCAAAGAAAGAUCUGUGCCAUCACCAGUUCCAGCAGUGAGAGACGGAUCCCAGCACACUCAGACUGGCACCUUGCACUUAGCGAGCAGCAGCAGCUAUGAGAGAGAGAAUGUCAUCUCAGGAAGUCAAACAGGAGCCUCAUCUCGAGUUUCUGAGCCAUCCCAUUUUAUUCCUUAUGUUCGAACAAAUGAAGUCUAUUACCUUGAUCCAGAUGCACCACUGUCUAGGCCCUCAACUCAGGACCUUCAGUACGAAAGUGCAAAAAGCUCUGAUCAAGAUCAGCAGCAGCUAUUUGACUGUGACGUUAGAGAUCCACUUCUCAAUCCUAACUUGGUAAAACACAGAGAUCGACAACAAGCAAUCCUUAAGGGACUUUCAGAACUAAGACAGGGCCUUCUGCAAAAACAAAAGGAGUUGGAAAGUAAUCUCCUGCCUUCAGCUUCAAAUCCAGAAGAAUUUUAAUUCUUCAGUUUAAAUAUAGAAAACUAAUGUCUUGGAUUUAGAAAAUAUGCUCAGUGCUUAACUGUACUUCUCAGAUAAACAUUUGAAAACUCUAAGCUGUUAAAAAUUUGUACAUUAUGUAGCAAAAUGUCUUUUUGUAUAAAACAAUAAAACAGACACUUCAUAAAAGGUACUAAAAACCUAGUUUUUCUUCUAUCAUAAUCUGGGCAUUCAGAUCCUAAAAUGUUGCCAAACCACUUACCUUAGUUGGGAAUUCCUGACCACUCUGCACUCUAGCUUGGAUUUGCCUAAGGUGUACCAGCUCAUUAACACAACCCA